UAAUGCAAAAAGGACAUGAGAUCUUACAAAAUUUUCUUAGGAAGAAUAAAAACAUACGAGGUAAUCUAGUAAUUAAUCUCUAAUAUAGUUAAAUUAGUAAACGACAAAAACUUAUCUCAUCUAACCAAUGACCAGGAACCUUCGUUCACAGAUGUUGAGGUUGUAAACUGUAAUCACUAGACAAAAAAUGAAUUUAAUUAUACUUUAUGUUCUAUAUAAUACAUAUUAGCCAAAAAUGUUAAAAGUUUACAAGAGACAAAAAAGCAGAAGAGAAAGAGGUUGGUGAUAGAAGCCAAAAAUCAACUCUCCUUUUCUUUCUUCCUAAAAGCAGGAGAGACAGUUUCUUGAGGUUGUUGCAAGUGAAGAGAUGUUCAGAUCCAAGUCAUGCAGAGAAGAGAUCACAGGAAGAAGAAGCAGCAUCACCAACAAGUACCAUUGCUUAACUAGUAAUGGAGAAGCAGCACCAAGCCCAACAAACCAGCUGCCACCAGUGAUGAUGAGAUCUUACAGCGCAUCAACUUAUAGUCCAUACAAGAAUCCAACGACGGUGAGAGACAGAGACAGUCCCAACAGUAAAUCGAAGAGAAGAGCUAGUAAGGCGAAGAAAGGGUACAAGGGUUUGUGUGAGGCAGAGAUUCAGAGGAAAAAGAGAGUGGCUGGUUAUAAUGUGUAUGGUGUUGAAGGGAAGGUGAAGGGGUCUAUGAAAAAGAGCUUCAAAUGGUUCAAGGAGACUUGUUCAAAUGCUGUCUAUGGUUUGUGGUGAUAAGGUAAAAGAUAUGCAGCACAAGGAAAAGAGUAGUAAUCACGUACGAUAUCUGAUUUCAGAAACUUAUCUUAAUCACGCAAUAAUCAUGUUUAAAAUAAGAGCGAGAGACACAAGGCAAGCAAGUGGUAGGUUCAUUGUUUAAUAAAUCUCUGUGUUGUCUUUUUCUUUUCA